CGCUCAAUACAGUGCGCAAGCGCGGGCUUGUCGAUCAGUUUUGGCUGGAGCUAUAUUAGCGACGAGGAUAUCUUGAUGGCUUUCGAAGAAAAACCUCUCAGCACAACAAUAGAUUGGGAGAAUGUGGAAAAGAACCGUGUUAGAAUGAUUUAUGGCCAAGGCCAGGCGGUAUACUGGCGGGGAUGCAAUGUCACUGUGUAUGAGAAAGACAGCGAAGGGAAUGACCAGACAAGGAUGCUUGUUAGUAUGCCUAAUGGAGAAGGGCUUAUACAACCUGGUGAUAAAUUGUAUGUCACGCACGGACAAGUGACGGAGAAAGUGACGGAGAGCUAGAAUCCCGUACACCGAAAUUAUGGGUUGUAUUCUAGGUGUAUAGCUGGCUCUGUAUCCGAAGGCCCACCUCUAAACCUAGAGAUAGGUUAAUGAAGGCCCCGUUCUGUGUGAGUAUCAUCGAGAUGCAUUCCGUAGCAGGCUUCGUCUCUCUUCUCCGUAUGGCGCACUCUUGGACUGCGCCAUGUAUUUCAGAACCAAAUACCUUAAUGAUUGCUCCAUCCUCGACGCCCUUCAAAGUAACUUCGGCGUCUGAUUCCCGCCACAUGCUCCCUUGCGAGCCCGGGCUGUGCGCACUGCCAAGCCGACGCUGGCAGAGCCGCUGGACACUCCGACCGAGCUGGACGCGCCAG